GAUUCUAUCAUACACCGAUGGACAGACAAGGGCAACGGCAACUGAGAACCUCCGCGAAUGGUAACUGGAGGGUACCUUUCAGAAAGAGACAGGACAUUUGUCGGUCUCGGGUUUGCCACAAGAAAAUAUCUUCUUCCCGAUACACCAUCCUUGUCUCGGCAGAUACAUUACAAGGCGCGCAGAGCAGAGCAGAGCACCGCAUUACCACAACCGCGCAUUGCUUGUGCUCCUUCAAUCCGGUACACCCACAAAGAUGCUCGCCCUCCCCCCCAUCUCCGCACUGGCACCACGCCCAAAGCACGCCAAGCGCAGAGCCCCAAAGUGUCCCGGAGUCUACUCCACCCUAGCUGGGUUCCCUUCGUUCCUCCCCAAAGAAAUCGAAAAUAUCAAAGACCCAUUUGCUCGUACGUUCGCCACCAGGAUUGAGAGGCUCCCCGUAUCUGUGAGCUUCUCGGAUAAUUGUAUAAUGAGUAGUUGCGUGAGGCCAUUGAUACGGAGCAAGACAAGUCCAGUGGUUCUUCUACAUGGUUUUGACAGCUCCUGUUUAGAAUGGAGAUACACGCAUCCAUUGCUCGAAGAAGCUGGUUUGGAGGCUUGGGCCGUGGACAUUCUUGGUUGGGGCUUCUCUGAUUUGGAAAGGCUUCCACGUUGUGAUGUGACAUCCAAGCGCGAACACUUCUAUCAGCUUUGGAACUUCUAUAUCAAAAAGCCAAUGAUAUUGGUUGGACCAAGCCUAGGUGCUGCAGUUGCAAUCGACUUUGCAGUCAAUCAUCCAGAAGCUGUUGAAAAGCUGAUUUUAAUUGACGCAAGUGUAUAUGCAGAAGGCACAGGAAGUCUGGCAGAUUUACCCAGAGUAGUAGCAUAUGCCGGGGUAUAUUUAUUGAAGAGUAUCCCAGUGCGGUUAUACGCAAAUUUUUUGACCUUCACUGGCAUUUCAUUUAGUACCAGCUUAGAUUGGACUAAUGUAGGCCGGCUGCAUUGUCUAUUGCCUUGGUGGGAAGAUGCAACUGUGGAUUUUAUGAUCAGUGGGGGUUACAACGUUAGUUCACAGAUAAAACAGGUAAAUCAGAAGACACUUAUCAUAUGGGGUGAGAAUGACCGGAUCAUUAGCAACAAACUUGCAGUGAGACUGCACUGUGAACUCCCUAAUGCAAUUAUAAGGCAAUUACCAGAAUGUGGCCACCUUCCUCAUGUGGAAAAGCCAAACUCAGUUGCAAAACUGAUUCUAGAAUAUGUUCAGGAAGAUUGCUAUAAAGAGAUGGAAUGUGGUCGUUCGCCAACAUUGAAGCUUCACUCUCAGUCUCUGCAUAAAUGACAUAGAGAUGACUACGUUGUACACCAGAUUCAAGAUUUGGUAAUGUGAUUCUGGAACGAGCUAAUUAAUUUAAGGGCCAUUUGGUAGAGUUUUUGGAUGGACGAAAUCUUGAUUUAGUGUGCUAUAUCUGCAUUGUCUCGUUUUACUUACCAAAAUAAAAAGGGAAAAAUCUGUUUCAUAAUUGUAAAUUUCUUGCUUUUGUUUCUAGAAAUUGAAGAGAAUGUUUAAUUGAAGCACAAA